UACAGGACAGACUUCAAUCAAUGACCUCAGAAGUGCUGCAGCUAAAAGGCACUCUGAUGGAGGUAUCUACCGAGAGAGAUGGCCUGAAAGAACAUUUAAGCCAAAUGGGACAAGCUUUUGAGACACAAUCUGCAACACUGCACAGCCUCAGAAAUUACAUCGGCCAGCUUGCCCCAGAGAAAAGAGAGAAGGAACAAUUAAAUGAAGCUGUUGAGAGGCUGAACAAAGAAAAUGCAGCUCUUCAGAAGACCACAGAGCUUUUGACAAUCAGACUUAACUCUGUGAAUGAGAUACUUGCCCUCCAGGAAGAGAAAAUGGUAAAGGAGACCUCGGCACACCCACUUGUGAGGAAUGGAUCUGAAGGCCUUCAAUUGAUUCAGCUCUGGAGAGAAAAAGUUUUCAAGUUAUGCAUUCAUCUUCGCUCAAAGGACAUUGAAUUAAGAGGAGAAAAGGAUGAACUCCUUUCAAAAUUCAGAUUCAUGGAGCAGCAGCUCCAGCAGGAGCAGCACCGGGCUAGUGUCCUCCAGCACAGUCUAGAUAACAGGAUAGCUGAGCUGGACCUGGAGAGAGUGGAAAAGGAGACAUUGAAACAGGACUUGGCCCAGGCUCACAAGGAAAAUUCUCAGCUAAAGUCACAGAGGCAGAAAUCAGAAGCGGAUCUUAAAAUCCUGACAGAGGCAGUGCGCAGGUUCAGUCUGGCAUUUGAAAACAAGGUGGCAGAGGUGGACACAGCUCAAUCAAGGUUCAACACUUUUACCCAGCGGCUAACUUUUGCUAAAAGACGAGUGGAGACAAUCCAAGGUUUGAUCAUGAGGAAAGUGGCUCUGCAGAAGGUUCAGCAGACCAGUAAACAGACAGAACAAGCUACUCUCAGCAUCACAAACCUCCAGACAGAGCUUAGUUUGGUGUGUGAAGAGAGAGACAAGCUCACACAGGAGCUCAAAAGAACCCCGGAGCUCAUCGAGAAAGCUUUGGCUGAUCUGAAAGAACAAUAUGAAAGCAAACAGAGGCAGCAACAGCAGGAGCUGGAGCAUAGCUGGGUGGAGGUCCGACAGGCUGUUGCUGGCCGAGAGAAGGCCGAGCAGACCCUGCAGCAGAUCCAGGCCCAGCUAGAGGAGACCAAGGUCAACCUGGAAAAACUCCGCUCUGAGCUGCUCAUCCAGCAGGAACACAGCAAGCAGGCCCGGCAGGAGAGGGUGUCUGAGAUUGAGGACCGCUGUGCUGAGAAGCUGAGAGAGAUGGAGGUUCAAGUCAAUAUGGCCAGGAGAGAGCACACCAAAGCAGUUAUGACUUUGUGGCAGUUUGAGAAAGAAGCAGCAAGGAAACAUGAGAUGAGAGAAACUCAAUAUUUGGGGAGUGCACACACAAAGAGGGAAGUUGAGAAUAAGCAAUUGAAGGAGACAGAAGAGGACGAAAACCUGCUGCUGGCCACUCUUGCUGAACGAGGGCUGAUGAGUGGGUAUCCAAGAGUUUACACAAGAGCUCCACAAAACUCUGCUGCUCCCAGGGAACAACAACAAAAACCUUUAGAGAGGAGUCGCUCUGUAGGGGCAAAAGUACCUGCAGACGAGAGACUCCUGUCUGUUUUGGAAGAGCUCCACACUCUCAGUGCUGCAGUGGUAAACAGUUCUGAGGACUCAGCGGAGGAGGAGGGACAGACUAACAGCGUGAGACCGUCCACAGGCAGUCUGCACAGCUGAUACCUGAAGAUGAAUCACUGGAGGCAGUGAAAACCCCUUUAAUUUGUACAAAAGGUUGGCAGUGUUGAUGAUUUAGGAGCCAUGAAAACAAAGUCAGUGGAAACAGUUUGAGCCAAACAUCAGAAAAACAUGCAUGUCACAUUGCUAGUGGGCGUAUCAGAAGAAUAAUAGUGAUCUAGUGCAGACACAGUAUACAUAAAUUUAACACAAAUGUAAAUUCAGGUUCAUAAAAUACUUUCAAUACCUCUUCUGCAUCUGUCUGCAGGAUGACAUUUAAUUACAGACAAUACUGUAAAUACAUUAAUGGACAAAGUAUUUAACUCAGUCAACAUAUUAUAUGUGUUUGAGAAAUCUCCACAAGCUCUCCUUAACCAAAGUGAAAUGAACUAUUUAGAUAUUUAUGUUCGUAAUAUGGUUUUUCAUUCUCUUGCUUGGACUAAAUCACCUCACUUAUUAGACCACGUUCA